AUGGGGAGGAAUAAACACUUUCCCCACCAUCUGUUUUUUCUUGGAGGUGUUUUUGUGGAUGCUGUCAAUUCCAUGGGCCAGACUUGCCUCUUCACUGCUGCCCUGCUGGGUCUUGCUAAAAUAGUGGAUGUGCUGUUGCAGUAUGGCUCAGAAGCUAAUCAUCGCUGUCACGAUGGGAGCACCCCAGUCCAUGCAGCUGCUUUCUCAGGAAAUAAGUGGAUUCUUAGCAAGUUACUGGAUGAAGGAGGGGAUCUGAGAGUACAUGAUAAAGAUGGAAGAAGUCCCGAGGACUGGGCCAUGUCAGCUGGAAAAGCAAGCCGUGCUCAGAUGCUGGAAUUUCUACAGUGUUGUACAUCCCACAUGCAGGCUGCCAUUCAAAAUUGCCCCUCUGAACUACUCAGAAGGGUUGGCUCAUCAAAAGCCCUGGUGUGCAGUCAGUCCAGGUUUGGUGGCCUUGUUCAAGUGAAUGCUGACAGCCCUCUGGGUAGAUUUCUGAAAGGUGGAGCUAAUGCAGCCAAAAACAUUUACAACUUUGGUUUUGGAAAGUUGUAUCUUGCAGGCUGUGGGCGUCUUGGGUACUUGGCUUCCCUCCCUGUAAUUGGGGAAAAAGACGUAGUUCAGGCAUACGAUGAGCCAACGUUUUCCUACUGCGUUGGACCCUACAUGAUGAUGACAAACUUAAUGUGGGGAGGCAGCAGAGUCACAGUGAAGGAACUCAGCUUUGAGCCCCAUCAGAAGUGCAGAAAACAACGCUUAGCUGAUCUUCUCAUUGCAGAGCAGGAACACAGUAGCAAACUCCAUCAUCCUCAUUUGUUGCUGUUGAUGUCUGUUUGUCUGUCCAGUGACUUGAAGAAAACACGCUUAGUAUAUGAAAGGGUUAACUUUGGUUCUCUGUACAGCAUCCUUCAUGAGAGGCGUACAGAAUUCUCACUCCUGCACAUAGAGACAAUUUUGCACGUGCUGCUCCAAAUUUCAGAGGCUUUGCAUUUUCUGCACUCCCGUGGAUUUAUCCACCGUUCCCUCACUUCCUAUGCCAUCCAGAUAGUUUCUUCUGGCGUGGCAAAGCUGUGCAACUUGGAAUACAUGGUAGAGAGCAAAGAUGGUGGAGAACAGAGUGAUCUGACACGUAUUCCUGUCCCAGUCCAGCUGUAUAGGUGGUGCUCUCCUGAAGUAAUCCUUGGGAGAAUUGUUACUGUCAAAUCAGAUAUUUACAGCUUCUGUGCAGUAGUGCAGGAGGCCUUGACAGAGACCCCUCCCUGGAAAGAUGUUGAAGACACCCUUAUUAAAGAGCUCAUAAUUUCAGGACAACAGUUGGAAGCAGAUAUUGGACUUCCUGUGCCCUAUUAUGACACUCUGAAGGCAGGGCUAGAACCUAAACAGAGGAACCCCUCUGUGAAACUUCAGGAUAUUCAAUAUAUACUGAAAAAUGACUUAAAGGACUUAGCUACGUCUCCAGCUGGUCAUGCUGAUGAAGUGUCAAAAGCAGAAAGAGCCCUUGUUUCUCCAGAUGUGAACAGCUGUUUGGCAUCAGCUUUUAGCUACAAUAAGAGAACACAGGAAUUCCAAGGAAAAGAGAUAACUGAGGCUGGCAUCUCUUCUUGCCCAAGAUAUUCUGCUUUUUGUGAGAAGAGUCCUUUCGUGGACCAAGAGGCAUCAACCAAUCUACGGCCAGUUGCACAGGACAAAAAUGAUGGUGCAGCUUCUGAUCUGCAGAUGACCCUCAGUGAUGUGGAUGACAGCCUCUGUAGCUUUGAAGUCAACGAAAUCUUUGCCAGUUAUCCAGAACUUGAAGAUUUCCUGGAAGAAGCAGCUGGAUUAGGUCAAACUCAAAAGGAUGAAAAUAAAAGGCAGCAAAAGGAAGAAGAUAAGGCCACCCUGAGAGAGGUGUAUCCAUCUUCUGGAGUGCAGUGUGAGGAAAAGCCAGGUGAUGAGGAAGGUGGCUUUUCAGAAUGGAGUACAGAGUAUACUACAGAAGAGGAGGAGAGGGCAAGCGAGGCCUCUGACCUGUGUGUGCUGACACAGGGGAGAGUUGAUUCUGGAAGAAGAAUGAGUGGUGUGUCCCGAAGUGAGCAGUACAUUGGCAAAUGUGUCCUGGAUUUAAAGAUCAUGCAGAGCAUGGUGCAGCAGGCAGCAGAUUCCCUGCACAGAACAUUGCACCAGGAAAUCAGAAGGAAUCUGCUUUCUGAGCAAAUGUUGAAAGAAAGAUACAGAACUGAUUAUACUUCCCAAAACACCAGUAACCCUUUUCCUGGAGUUAACAGGUUGUUCUGGAAGGCUGUAGGUCCACCAUCAAGUGACUAUAUUCUGCCACUGUUGAGAUGUCAGGCACAAGGAGCAUUGGGUGGAGACAGUGUCCAAGCUAUUUCAGAGAUGGCAAAAGAAAUGGAGGUCAUUAAAAGUGAAAAGUGGAAGUGCUUUCCUGAGAUGAGCAAGACUAAAAGUGGAAAAAAACAUCAUGAUUUCAGCUUAGGUGUGAUGAAAAGUGUGGAUGAUCAAAUGAGCCUAGACCAUGAGGUAAAGUUGAGCAGGCAUUUACUUCCACAUGUGUCUGUAAGAUGCAAAAAAAAGAUCAACUUGCAGUGUCAGAGAGGAGGUGAUUCACAUUCUGCAACAAGUGGAAGUGAAGAAGAGAGGUGGUGCUAUCCAAACCCAAGACCUGAAGUUUACAGUAGAAAAAUAAGUGAGGAGAGAAGGAUGAUGCAACCAGAAUGGUGGACUGAAGUAAAGCAAAUGGCCAGAAGAGCGGCCCUAGGACAACUGGGACUUGACUCUCCAUGUCCAGCCAGUGAAUAUACAUCUGAAAGUGAAGCAGAGAGUAUAAAGGAAGCCUUUCAGCAUGUCACUGUUAGAGUCCCAAAAAGUCAAGACCAGCAAAGUUACAGGUGGCAGACAGGUGAUAACAUGGUGCCUUGGGAUCUGGGCAGUGAGGAUGGAUGUGAAUCUGAGGAGAGUGAUCUGGAGUCAACGUUCAGAAGUUCUGGAGGGAGAAGUUGCCAGUCACCAUCACAAGAUGAACAAGCAGAGUCUGGAAUAGCCAUUUAUAAGAAUUCAGACCUUCCUCAACAAGUUGAGAAUCUCCCUCAAGGCCAUUCAAGGGAAUUGCAUAGUUCCCUUAAUUCAUCUCCUGGUGUGUCUGAAGAAUUCUUGACUCCUGAUUAUUUCCUUCCUCCUACUACUCAGGGACAUUCAGAACUAGAGACCUCAACUGCUGAGAGGAAAUCAGAAGAUGGUUGUGAAGGAUUUUUACAGAAGUGGGAACCUGAAGAUGCAGGAUCAGAUAUUCAGGCUUCAGGAGGAAAAAUACUCUUUUGCAGUACAGUGGUACAGAACUCUGGCAGUAACAUGCAAGGAGUGAAUCAACUUGGCCACGUGCCUGUAGCCAGUGUUCAGGUGGCACAAAAAGUGAUACAGUGGGAGCCACAGGAGGAGAGGAAAGAAGAUGAUGUAUCAGUGACAGAUAUUCAGGAUUUGUCAAGUAUCCCCUGUGAGCAGGAGAACUACUACAGGGUUAUGGGAUUUGGAACUCCCAGAGUGAGCCAUGCACCAGCCAGUGUCAGCACUCCUCUCAGCUCAGAAUUAAAAAUUCAAGCAACCUUUGAGAAAUACAAACACUUUCAUGAAGUAUCUUCAAAUUCUUCUUCCUUUCAUGGUGGUUCCCAAGAGACCUCUUCUGCAGAGUCCAGUACAUUCACUACAGCCUCUGAAGAGGGAAGGAGGACUGAAAUUCCCUUGGUUCCUUCAAGAACUUGCUCACCUGAAUUAGAUGACCCUGGUGGGUUGCCAGUAGUUGCUUCAUCCUUGAGAAGCACCAAGAAGGCAGCUGCACUCUCAGAGGCAUCUGACCACUUCAUUGAGGAGCUGCCUCCACCAGCCCAGGAGUUGCUGGAUGAAAUUGAAUAUUUAAAGCAGCAAGAAUCUUUUGCUCAAGAGAAGGGAUUGCAUGACUGUGGAAUGCAAAUAAAUGUUCCUGAUCAAAUGAAGAUGGAAGACAGAGAGUCAGAACAAGAAUCUGAGAGAAAUGAGACGAGAAAUCAUAGUUUAUGGACUAAUGAGUCAUUUACUCUAGCAGAGGUAACUGAAAGGGCUCACUCUACUCUUGAUGCUAGUUUAGAAAGAAUGAUCCGUGCAAUUCCUGGAGAUGAGAAGAUCCAAGAACAACCUCAGGGACAUGCUCUUGGGGCUGCAAGUCUGCAAGAUCCAGAAGAUGUUGGAAGAAAGGGAGUAGAGGAAGGCAGAGCUGAGGCCAGAGGCAGAGUGCCAGGAAGCUGUGCAGGUAGCUCAGAAGGUCCUCUUCAUCUGCAGAGCUUCUGA